AUGACGAGAACCGACCCUCCAAAUAGUACCAUGUCCUGGGGAACUAAGAGCCACAUCAACCCCGAGGAUGGCGGCAGAAUUGAUUCGGUCGCUGGUCAAGAUCUGAGACCCAAAGGGCGUAUCCGACGAUCAAUGACUGCCUGUAACACCUGCCGCAAGCUCAAGACUCGCUGUGAUGUCGACCCGCGUGGCCAUGCUUGUCGCCGCUGUUUAUCUCUGAGGCUGGAGUGCGAGCUACCGGAGACAACUGAUCGUUUUCAGGAUAAUGCGUCGACCUGGUCGGAUGCUGGUGCCGCUAUCCCCUCAAUAGAGGAACGGCUUGUCUCACUGGAGCGUGGCAUGGGGGAGAUGAUCCAUCUUAUGCGGCAGAUGGUGAACCGCACCCCCAAUAUGUCGAGCAGCUUCGAGUCGCAGGCCAGAAGCAACAGCAUAGAUGGAACUGGCUCGGGUGACAGUGUGUCAUCUUCGUUAUAUCCUAUAAAACCGGCACAACUCAUUCGGGACUUGCAAGUGGAGUGCUUUGGGGAGAGAGAUCAGUUCUCCACCGAUGCUGAUAUCCUUGGAGAUAUUGUCACUCAGGGUAUUGUGGACUCCAAAAUCUGUGUGAAAAUGAUUGAAUUGUAUGUUCUCUCAACACUUGAGGGGAAAGAUCUCACCGCUAACAAUAUUGAUAGCUUUGUUGAAUAUUUCGGUCACUGGGUCUCGAUCGAUCACUCGUCCAGUAUCCAACACAACACUCUGCUUUUCAACAUUGCAUGUCUUCUAGCAUCCCGUUAUCUCCCUGGCUUUCCACAACAGACUGCCCGCGAUAUUUCACUUCAUGUACAGCAUACCGUGACGAAGAUGUUGUGGAAACCCCCACCUUUGACAAUGGACAUGCUCCGAGCAUUGACUUUGCUUUGCCUUUAUUCCACCUCUGUCAACAAAGAAGGACUGAUGGAUGAUUGGUUGCUGAGCGGGAUCUCGAUCAACCAUGCUCUCAUUUCUUUCAACUUCCUCAACACCUUGCCGGGAGAUAAUCCCAACUGCGACGAACUUAUCUCUCAAAUGCGAUUGUGGAAUACCCUCUGCAUCACCCAACUACACUCGGCUCUCGCAAAUGGCCGCGCCGUCAACAUUCAGCCACAAUACAUCGACCAAUGCCCCCGGAUUCUGGAACACGCAGGCGCCACUACAGAAGACGGACGAAUCGUUGCAGAGAUCCAACUCUACCGUAUAUCCCUCAAGUUACAACACAGUCCACACCGUAUCCAAUUUGCCGAGCCCGAGUAUGAAGAGAUCGAGCGCUGGAAGGUGGAAUGGGCACAUCUAUUCAGUGAGUAUCGCCGCAACCAUUCAAAAUCCCCAACUAACAAACCACAAGCAAACAACGACGAUUCUACCCUCGAGCUAAAUCUAUGGUUUUGUCAACUCCUCCUGCACCGCACCGCAGCCAGAAUCCAACUUGAUAGCGACCGUCUCAUUCCAGAGAUUUGCGGUAAUGCCCGCCUAAUAAUAUCACGAUUCCUCCAGACACGAUUUUCAUCCGCUCCAGCUCUGAUCGACCACAUAUACUUCAUCGUUGGAUACGCAGCUCUCACACUGUGCGACUACAACCUCUCUGACCCCCUGAUUAAUCAGGUCCGGGGCUUCAUGCUACACCUCGCGCCAAGCGGAGACAACCUCUCCUACCGCAUUGCAUGUAUACUUGGCGAAGUGCAGCGCCGCUAUUCGGAAGCUUCGACUGUUGUUUCAGAGAACUCUUCGCCUACAGAGGUCAAGGGCGUGCCAAUAUUCGGAACACAUCAUUCCAGGGCUGGCAUGGAUCUUUCACAGCUUAUGCCAGCUUCUCAGGCGCUGGACUCGCUCGUCGAGGGUUAUGACUGUCUUCAACAAUUGAUGCCUGGAUUCGCUUCGCAGCCAAUUUCACAAGCGUCCUUUGAGACUCCGGGCUUGUUUCAACACUCUGCUCCUGUUAUUGGUGGGGCUAUGCCUGUUGGAUUGGUGCCAAGGCAACUACAUGAUUGGUGA